GCUAGUCUGGACUAAAAAUUAGUUUAUUGUUUUUUGGGAGGCACUUGGAUUACCUGGUUAUUAAUUUAAUUUUGUUUUAAGCAAUAUUAAACUAAACGUUAAACCAACUUUUAGUUGCACGACGUAUAAAACGAAAUAAGUUUAUCUUGAUUUACCUCUAAACUUUUCAAAGGUUCGAUUUUGUUUUCUGGAAAUUUAUCUUUCAAGAUGCAUUUGGGCGUGAACGUCUCAAAUGCAUUACAGCAAUUGGAAAGUGUGAAAGCUGCUGUGGACCAGAGCAAUGAUCCCAAGCUUAAAGCUGCAACCAGUGAUGAUUUGAACAUGCUAAUAAGUUUAUUAGAGAGUCCCAUAUUACGAAGUAUUACAACACUUCAUGACUCUGUGGGCAUGCUUGCAACUCAGGUUGCACAUCACCCAUCAAUUUUACCUGGAGAUUUUGAUAUUACUCCUGCUGGUGACUUGGCAUUACAAACAAGAAAUUUGUAUGGAAAUCAAGAGGGUGAAGAGGAGCAAAGGGUGCCACAGGUCUCACCUCCACAUAGUAUGGAGUUUGGAUCUGAUAAUGAACAUAUUCUUGGACUUGAUAGUGGCUCUGUUGACUCUAACAUGUCUCCUAAACAAAGUCGUGGCUUAUUAGAUUUGUCUCGUAAUGAUGAUUCUUUAGCAUCUACCAAUCACAAUGUAGUAGCAGGGGACUGGGCACAAGUUGAAAUUAUAAAUCUUGUAAAUGAUGGAACUGGCCUUGGAUUUGGUAUUAUAGGUGCUAGAACAAGUGGUGUCAUCGUAAAGACGAUACUAGCAGGUGGUGUAGCUGAUCGCGAUGGCCGACUAAAAUCUGGAGAUCACAUUCUACAGAUUGGAGAUGUAAGCCUUAUGGAGAUGGGUUCCGAGCAAGUAGCUGGUGUGCUACGUGCGUCCGGUAGUCGUGUGAGGCUCGUCGUGGCGCGAGCAGUGGAUCCGGCGGCCUUGCAUGCGUCACCCGCUCCCGUCGUGCCUGCCAGGCUUUUGUCAGACCCCGAAUCGCUGGAUCGCUAUCUCAUGGAAGCUGGUUUUGAGCAAGUGUUCCAUACGCAGCCUGUGCCUGUCAGCUCCACUUCGACGAGAUUUGUAUUUGACAAUCCCAUAACACCCCCUCCAGAUUCAGAUGCUGAAUCACCAGAAGUUGAUAGAUUCACAGUUCAGCUGAAGAAAGACGAGAACGGCUUAGGGAUUACUAUUGCAGGUUAUGUUUGCGAAAAGGAGGAGCUGUCAGGUAUAUUUGUGAAGUCGGUGACUCCGGGGAGCGCUGCAGCGUUGAGCGGAAUGGUGAGGGUCAAUGACCGCAUCGUUGCCGUCGAUGGCGUCUCCCUCGCAGGGAAAUCCAACCAGCGCGCUGUGGACGCCUUGAAACAGAGUCGCAACGUUGUCACGCUAGAACUAGAAAGAUACCUGCGUGGUCCGAAAUAUGAGCAACUGCAGCAAGCGAUAGCGGCGGGCGAGGCGGCCGCCCCCCCUCCCCCGCCCAACCCGUUCCUGCACAUGCACCGUCCCGACGCACCUUCUCCUGAAAUAGAAAUACAGCUCUCCAACCUCCAAAUUACGGAUAACGGCACAGAUGACGCUGUGCCUCUAACUCGCAGCAGUCCUCCGGCGACUGCACUGCGUCCGGCACCAGCGUUCGAGAUGCCACGGACUCCUGAACAAAAAGAAGCGAUAAGAAGGAAAUGGCAGGCUAUAUUAGGCGAGGACGUGGAGAUAGUGGUGGGCGUGGUGGUGCGCGGUGGGGGUGGUCUGGGCAUCUCGCUAGAAGGCACCGUGGACGUAGAGGGGGGGCGCGAGGUGAGGCCGCAUCACUACGUGCGCUCCGUGCUGCCCGAGGGGCCCGUGGGCCGCGCCGCCGUGCAUCGCCCCGGCGACGAGCUGCUCGAAGUGAACGGUCAUCGGCUUCUGGGCAUGAACCACUUAGAAGUAGUGUCAAUCCUGAAGGAAUUAUCGAGUGAAGUCUGCAUGGUGUGUGCGAGACCUCGACCUGCUCCCCCUCUCGACCUAGCGCCGCCGGCCACAACAUUAGUGAAGGCGAAAUCGGACGGUAGCCUGGCGGGUGCGGGUGCUGAGGAAGGCGGGUCGCUGUCCGCCGCUGGGAAAGUUCGUUCCCGGAGUCUCGAACCACUAACCGGACUUGCUAUGUGGUCUUCUGAGCCCCAGAUAAUAGAGCUAGUGAAAGGCGAGCGUGGUCUGGGGUUCUCGAUCCUGGACUACCAGGACCCGCUGCGGCCCGCGCACACGCUCGUUGUCAUCCGCUCGCUGGUGCCGGGCGGCGUGGCGCAGCAGGACGGCCGCCUCAUACCCGGGGACAGGCUGCUCUUCGUUAACGAUCAGAAUCUUGAAAAUGCGAGUCUAGAGCAAGCGGUGGCGGCGCUGAAGGGCGCGCCCCGAGGAGUGGUCCGCAUCGGGGUGGCCAAGCCUCUACCGCUGGCCGACGCGCCGCCGCCGCUGCCCACCACGCCGCCCCCCAACACCUUGAGGUCCUCCUCUUAAACAACUCACUUCAACGGAUAACCACAUAUCACCGGCAGUACUGCGAUUACACAGCCCACUGAGUUUCUCGCCGGAUCUUCUUAGUUGGUCGCGUUUCCGAUCCGAUGGUAGAUUCUGCGAAGCACUGCUCUUGCCAGGACCAGUGUUGUCAACACCCCCGGUUUAAGCCCCGAGAGCUCACCUACACGCUAGGGUAACGCUGAUAUAGCCUCUCAAGGCUUCCAGCAUAGGCAGAGAAAAAAAACCGCAAUGAGUAGCAGCACAUAUGUAACUACAUUUUCCUUUAAAAUGAUAACUACUAGCGUUACUGAAAACUAUGUUACUAUAAAUUUUAUGAACUAACCUUUAUCAGCUAUCAAAUAUUUACUAUGAACAAGAUACAUUUUUAGUCUACAGGAAAAAUGUGUUAAUAAAUUGCGAGGUCUCUUUAAUUGGCACUAUGCAAACUUACAGAUUAAAUGCCUAUUUCUCUCGUGAAGCAGUAAUGCGUUGCUACUGUAAAACUGCGACAUAGAACUCAAGUCUAAAGGUGCGUGGCGGUGUUUACAUUGAUGAUGUUCUAGGGGCUUUUUAACCAUUUAACACCAUAUGGGCCGUGAGCUUGUCUACCCAUCUAAGCAAUAGAAAAUGUGUAUUGUUUUUCAAUCAAAUAAUGGUAACCAAACCGCAAGUUUUAUUGACCAAUAAAACUAGUAGUAGCAAGGCAUGAUUGUCUUUCUGAUUCCCAUUAAUGUAACAAAAUUUUAACCCUGCAAGGCUCAAUCUUUUUUGUGCUUGAAAAAAAUUUAGUUUGUAUUUAAUCAUCAGAAGAUAGGGUUUUCUCUAUCUUAUAAAAAAUAGAAAUAAAACCAUAUUUUACGAAAAAAUCAACUUCAGUUCCACAUAUGGUACACUGAGCCUUAACUAUACUUUUUGGUAUACUAAACUAGUACAAUUGAAUUGUUUUGGAAGUUUCCUAUGAACUUUUUUCCAAUUGUCAAUUAUUCAAAAUGAAAUGACUAAGUAUUACCUAUACUUAUAUUUAACUUUUUUAUAUAUUGCAAAAUCAUACUUAUUUUUUCUU